AGCGCGACCGCCGUAUGGUGAGCCGUUUUUGCGUUUGUUUGCAAUUUGGGACUUCAUCGCUCUUCGCCUGUCCGUCGCCAUGCCAUCCACAUGGCACACAACCAAAAUCGCAGACAAGAUGGCGUUUCGAUCGUUCGCUCCGUCGUCGACGGCCCCGCGGCAGCUCUACCACCUCCUCACGAGCGCUGUCGUCCCGCGCCCGAUCGCCUGGGUGAGCACGCGGAGCGCGGCGGGCGUCACGAACCUCGCGCCGUUUUCGUUCUUCAACGUCAUGAGCAUCGACCCGCCGAUCCUAGCGAUCACACAAGUAUACCCCAAGCCUGGCAGCGACAAGGAUACGCUGCUCAAUCUGCGUGCGACGAACGAAUGCGUCGUCAACUUUGUACCGGCACACAUGGCCGAGCUCAUGAACGCCACGUCAAAAGACUACCCGCACGGCGUGAGCGAGAUCGAGAAACUCGAGAUCCCAACGAUCCAAAGCACGCAGGUGCAGGUGCCGGGCGUUGCCGGGUCGCCGAUCCGCAUGGAAUGCACGCUCCGCGACGUCCUCGAGAUCGGCAACGGCAAGACCAUGCUGUUAAAUGUGAUCGAGUUUCAAGUCAACCAAGCGCUUUUUUCGGAGGGCGACGCCAUUGACGGCAGCCGCGCACCAACGCUUGGCCGCAUGGGCAACAACGACUACACAACGACGUCGCAACUUCUUGAGAUGCUGCGGCCGCCGUUCUCUGCUUAAUCAAUAGACCUGAUUUACACUA